AUGAUCUUCACUGCCGCCUCCAUUCUCGCGCUGGCCGUCUCGGCGCUGGCCCAGACCGCAGGUUUUGACGCCAUCUCGAAGCCGACCGAUAAUGAACAGCUGACCGCUGGCGACUCCUACGCCAUUACCUGGGAGCCCAGCUCUACGUACACAGGCACUGUCUCCAUUGCGCUUCUUGGUGGUGCCACUCCCCAGACUCUUCAAGUGUUGUCGACUAUCUCGAGCGGUGUCAAGAACAGCGUUGGCUCGUACAGCUGGUCUGUCGGAUCCGACCUGGGCACUCUGGAGACAUACGGCAUCCGUAUCACCCUCGACUCGGACACGUCCGUGUUCCAAUACUCGUAUCCUUUCCACAUCACCGCCAGCGAGGCUAAGAAGACGACAGCUACUGGCACCACAUCGUCUAGCAGCACGGCUACUGUCGCCCUCUCCACCACGUCCUCCAUUCUAGCACCUGUCACCACUGUUUCGACUGCUAUUGAAACGAGCACUACAUGCACCGCCAGCGCUUCGGUCUCUUCCGCCCCAGCGACAUCUGCGCAGCUGAUUGCCCAUAUCUACAACUCCACCGCAUCGGCUCCCACAACUUUGGCCACGGCCGUGUCCUCGGCUGGCAGCCUGUACACUACCAAGUCUUCAAACUACACUAAGGUCGCCUUUACUGGCACUGCCUCUGCGAACCAGACAACCGCGACUUCCACAGUGGUCCAGGCUGGUGCUACUUCAAAUGCGGCUAGCUUCUUCGCUGCCCUGGCUGGCGGCCUGGCCGUAUCAUUCUUCCUCAUGUAA